GCCGGGCGGAGGGGGCGGGGCCUGGGGAGGGGCCGGAGCGCGGCUGCCGGUGCCUCUGCGGGAGCAGAGGAAGGAGGCGGUGCGUCCCCAGAGGCGUGCGCCGGGACGGAAGGACAGACGGACCCAAGCGCGCGGCGAGAGGGCCGGUGGCGAGAAAUCUGCUGGCAUUGUGGGACCGCUUCAGGGCUGCCGAACGAACGCCAACUUGCUUCGUUGUGUUUCGGGCAGGUCUGGGGCAGGUGGCAGCCCCGUCAUGGAUGGAGACGGACUUUUUGAUGAAGAAACCCGAAGCAGGUGAUGUCAGCUAGGGCGAUUUGGCUGUCAAAGGUUUUGACAAAACCUGCCGUGUUCCCUUCCGGGGAAUCCGAAUGAGGGAGAUUACAGACACCUUCACCGGGAAGCCAAGGACAUUUCUGUAUAAUCAGUGGAUGAAAGGAUUUUCUCAGACUCUCUUUUUCCUUUUCCUUGAGGAUUAAACCACCGCAAUCUACAAUUCCAGUGGAAGCCACAAGGCACAAGAUGUGGCAGGAGCCUCGAGCGCCUUCCGAAUUGUUCUGGACCCUUCCUUUGGCAUAGAGGAGUUUAGCACUUGCCACCCACCGCCCCUCCCCGCCCCCACACUCCCUCCUGAUGAGCUCCUUAACCUGUUCUCCUUCCCUGAAUUGAGUUCUAGUUCCAAAACUGUCCUCUGGAGCUAUAAGUGGAUUGCCAGAAAAGAGAGAUUAAGGGCUGGGAGAAGAGGAAGCGCCCUGUGUUGUGUCUUCUCUUGGCUGCCGACAUGAAGUGCUUUCUCCCCGUGCUGAGCUGUCUGGCUGUGCUGGGUGUCGCGACAGCACAGCGGCUGGUCGCCAUCCAGGAAGGUCCCUUGUACCGCACGGAGGGCUCUCACAUCACCAUCUGGUGCAAUGUGAGCGGCUUCCAGGGGCCCUCUGAGCAGAAUUUCCAGUGGUCCAUUUACAUGCCCACAGCCCCUGAACGCGAGGUCCAGAUCGUCAGCACCAUGGACUCCUCUUUCCCUUACGCCAUCUACACACAGCGUGUCCACAGCGGGAAGAUCUACGUGGAGAGGGUCCGGGGGAACUUGGCCUUGUUACACAUCACUGACCUCCAGGCCCGGGAUGCCGGGGUGUACGAGUGCCACACGCCCAGCACUGACGAGCGGUACUUCGGGAGUUACAGCGCCAAGAUGAACCUCGUGGUGAUCCCGGACUCCCUGCAGGCCAGCGCUGUGCCCCAGACUUUGCACAAAGUGGAGCAGGACCCCCUGGAGCUCACAUGUGACAUAUCCACGGAGACGCUGCAGCACAGCCACCUCUCGGUGGCCUGGCUCCGGCAGCGCGGCAGCGAGAAGCCGGUGGAGGUCCUCGCCCUGAGCCGGGACUUUGUGCUGCAGUCCAGCAGCGACUACGCGCAGAGGCUGAGCCUGGGGGAGAUGCACCUGGACAAGCUGGGGAGCACCACCUUCCGCCUCACCAUCUUCCACCUGCAGCCCUCGGACCAGGGCGAGUUCUACUGCGAGGCCACGGAGUGGAUCCAGGACCCGGACGGCUCGUGGUACCCCAUGACCCGAAAGCGUUCCGAGGGGACCGUGGUCAACGUCCAGCCCACCGACAAAGAGUUCACCGUUCGGCUGGAGACAGAUAAGCGGCUGUACACGGUGGGAGAGCCGGUGGAGUUCAGAUGCAUCCUGGAGGCGCAGCACGUUCCUGACCGUUACUUCGCUGUCUCCUGGGCCUUCAACAGCUCACUCAUCGCCAGCAUGGGGCCGAACGCCGUGCCAGUCCUCAACAGUGAAUUUGCCCAUCGGGAGGCCAGGGGCCAGCUCAAAGUGGCCAAGGAGGGCGACAAUGUCUUCGUGCUGAAGAUCUACCACCUCCGCCAGGAGGACAGCGGCAAAUACAACUGUCGUGUGACGGAGAGAGAGAAAACGGUAACCGGGGAAUUCAUCGACAAGGAGAGCAAGCGUCCCAAGAACAUCCCCAUCAUCGUCCUCCCCAUCACAGAUAACUGGGUAGUUAAAGUCCCCCAGCACCACCAGAUCCUGCCCCAAGGCCACUUGGAGAGCAGCAUCUCAGUGGAGGUGGCCAGCAACACCAGCGUCAUCCUGGAGGGCGACAAUCUACACCUUUCCUGCAGCAUCCGGACGGCGGGCCGGCCUCUCGGCCGCUUCUCCGUCAUCUGGCAGCUGGUGGACCGGCAGAACCGCCGCAGCAACAUCGUGUGGCUGGACCGAGAUGGCACUGUGCAGCCCGGAGCGUCCUACUGGGAGCGCAGCAGGUUUGGGGGCGUCCAGAUGGAGCAGGUGCAGCCCAACACGUUCAGCCUGGGCAUCUACAACAGCAGGAAGGAGGACGAGGGCCAGUACGAUUGCCACGUGACCGAAUGGGUGCGGGCCGUGGAUGGUGAGUGGCAGGUCGUGGGGGAGCGCCGGGCCAGCACUCCCGUCUCCAUCACCGCUCUCGAAACAGGCUUCGCAGUCACCGCCAUCUCCCGCACACCGGGGGUGACCUAUUGCGACUCCUUCGACCUGCAGUGCAUCAUCAAACCCCAUUAUCCCUCCCGGGUCCCCGUGUCAGUGACGUGGCGGUUCCAGCCGGUGGGCACCACCGAGUUCCACGAUCUGGUGACCUUCACCCGGGAUGGAGGAGUCCAGUGGGGGGACAGGUCUUCCAGCUUCCGGACCCGGACGGCCAUCGAGAAGGCGGAAUCCAGCAACAACGUCCGGCUGAGCAUCAGCCGAGCCAGCGACACGGAGGCGGGCAAGUACCAGUGUGUGGCGGAGCUGUGGCGGAGGAACUACAACAGCAGCUGGACGCGGCUGGCCGAGAGGACCUCCAACCUGCUAGAAAUCCGGGUGCUGCAGCCAGUGACAAAGUUGCAGGUGAGCAAAUCAAAGCGGACCCUCACCCUGGUGGAAAACAGGCCCAUCCAGCUGAACUGCUCAGUCAAGUCCCAGACCAGCCAGAACUCCCACUUCGCUGUGCUCUGGUAUGUCCACAAGCCCUCGGACGCCGACGGCAAGCUCAUCCUCAAAACCACCCACAACUCUGCCUUUGAGUACGGCACCUAUGCCGAGGAGGAGGGCCUGAGAGCCAGGCUGCAGUUUGAGAGGCACGUGUCCGGGGGUCUGUUCAGCCUCACUGUCCAGAGAGCCGAGGUCAGCGACAGCGGCAGCUACUACUGCCAUGUGGAAGAGUGGCUGCUGAGCCCCAACUAUGCCUGGUACAAGCUGGCAGAGGAGGUUUCCGGGCGUACGGAGGUCACUGUGAAGCAGCCAGACAGCCGCCUGAAGCUCAGCCAAGCGCAGGGCAACCUGUCGGUCCUGGAGACGCGGCAGGUGCAGCUGGAGUGCGUGGUCCUGAACCGCACGAGCGCGGCCUCGCAGCUGCUGCUGGAGUGGUUUGUGUGGAAGCCCAACCAGCCAGAGCGGGAGACCGUGGCCCGCCUGAGCCGCGACGCCACCUUCCACUACGGAGAGCAGGCGGCCAAGAACAACCUGAAGGGCCGGCUGCACUUGGAGAGCCCGUCCCCCGGCGUGUACCGGCUCUUCAUCCAGAACGUGGCCGUGCAGGACAGCGGCACCUACAGCUGCCGCGUGGAGGAGUGGUUGCCCAGCCCCAGUGGCACGUGGUACAAACGGGCCGAGGACACCGCCGGCCAGACGGCUGUUCGCGUCACUCGCCCAGAUGCUGCCCUGCAGGUGGACACAGUGGUCCCCAAUGCCACAGUGUUCGAGAAGGCAGCUUUCCAGCUGGACUGUAGCAUCGUGUCUCGCUCCAGCCAGGACUCCCGCUUCGCCGUGGCCUGGUACUCCCUGAGGACUAAAGUUGGAGGAAAAAGGGGUAGCCCUGGCUCAGAAGAUGGGGAGGAGGAGGACGAGGAAGUGGAGGUGGAUGAAGAGGAGGAAGAGGACCCCACAGAGCGGACCACCCUGCUGAGUGUGGGUGCAGAUGCCGUCUUUGGCCCAGAGGGCAGCCCUUGGGAGGGCAGGCUUCGCUUCCAGAUGCUUUCCCCGCUCCUCUACCGGCUCACCGUGCUGCAGGCCAGCCCCCAGGACUCGGGUAACUACUCCUGCCACGUGGAGGAGUGGCUUCCCAGCCCUCAAAAGGAGUGGUACCGGCUGACCGAGGAGGAGUCGGCCCCCGUCGGCAUCCACGUUCUGGACACAAGUUCCACCCUGCAGUCCAUCAUCUGCUCCAACGACGCACUCUUCUACUUUGUCUUCUUCUACCCUUUCCCCAUCUUUGGCAUCCUUAUCAUCACCAUCCUGCUGGUGCGCUUCAAGAGCCGGAACUCCAGCAAGAACUCCGAGGGGAAGAAUGGGGUGCCCCUGUUGUGGAUCAAGGAACCACACCUCAACUACUCCCCCACUUGCCUGGAGCCCCCCGUGCUCAGCAUCCACCCAGGAGCCAUAGACUAAGGGGCCUUCAGGUGAUCAGAAACCACGGAGGAGCUGAGGCUCUCCUCGCUGCAUCUUGCUCUACCACCAGACAGCGGACAGCACCCGACCUGUGGGGCGCUCUCGCAGAACACAGUCAGACUUCAGAAGUGUUCAGAGUCGCCCAUCUGUCAGAGGCAGGCUGCCUCUAGGUGGCAGUCUUGGUCGGUUAGCUAUUUUCGAGCAGAUGGCGCCAUCCUGCCAGUUAGGUUUCUUGUUUUUGUUUUUGGUAAUGUGGUGAGUAGCUCCCGGUGCCACGUCUACUCGCUGGUUUAUAUAGUAUUCUCAGAUAUAGAUGUUACAGGGGUUCUUAUUCUUUGUAAGGGACUCUUUUUCAAUCCCUUUGGUUUACCCUUUUUGGAUUCCAUGAUGUUGUGGAUGAAUUACUCUGAAAUACAACUGAUGGCAAAAGGAAGGACAGACUUUAUAUCGCGAAGGACUCUCUUCCAAGGCUUUUUUCAUUUUUGCACACUUGAAAAUGCCACCCAUGGAUCAAAAUAUACUCCAAAUUUUUUACUUCCUUAACGAGACUUGAAAAUUAUGUGUAGUAUGGGCCCAAUUUGUAUCUUAUCUUUUCCCUCAGCUAGAGUUGUUGGAACCACUUUGUAGUCAAGAUGAAAGCAUUGAAUUUAGCUUCAAAGAACUGUGUAUGUACAAGAUAAAUCCUGCGUAUAAACCCCACUAGGAGUAGAUAGUGCCCAGCCCAGCCUAUCUGUCUGGAGGGGGGCAAUAGGCUUCAUCCUAUCCUUGCCAAAAAAUAAGCAGACUUGGCUGGAGACAAGUCAGAAGCUCUGAACAGUACACACUUUGCAGGUUAAAGUGGGCAGAAGGUUACUUUUAGCAGCUACUGACUUUCAGAUUGAUCAAAGUCAGCAAUUAGUGAAAGAAGGAAAUAAGGCUGGUUGUUGGCUUGGUCUGUUCUGCAAGGGCAGUCUCUGAUAACUGUUAGCAGGUGGGCUUUUGUUUCCAGGUGCUUUAUCAAACUCUUAAGGGCAAGUGGCCAGUGAGCCUGGAAAGGGGCCAGCAACUGAGCUGAAUACACGGGGCCCAAGCAGCCACCACAUCCACCAUCGGAAGGCACAGGGGCCGGCUGACAGCUUAGGUUCAUGAACACUGGGACAGUAGCCAGCAGUGAUUUCCAGAGCCUGGCAUUGGACAACAGGGAGGAAUAACUACCUCCCUGGAGGUAUGAAGACUACGUUUUCCUUCUUCCUUCUGACCACAUCUUUCUCAAAGAUAUUGAUGUCUUUCUUCUUCGCCAUUUGACCUGCAUCUCACUGCCAUAAGAAUAUCUGCCCAGGGGAAGCCCAGAUGCAGCCCUUUGUGAUCCUUAUGGAUUACCCCAUCUCAGCAGAACGUGAUCACAUGCAUGGACUUUGUACCCUCCCCUUUCUUAGAUCUUAUUUGUGGCUUUAGGUGAUUUGGUUGUUUGUUGUUGACUUUUUAUUUGGAUGACCCUUAAAGCCUGGUGAAGCCAAUGUCACCUGUUAUUUUUCACUUGUUGGGCAAGAUCCUGGGCUCCAGAGCAUCCUCAGUUGCAAGUGCUUCCUUUUGCUCGCUCCAUGAAGAUGUUUUUGUUUUUUUUUUCUUUUGCCUGGCUUCCUCAUACUUUGCUGGCCACAAGUGCCGUCUCCCUUCCUUAUGAACUUGCAGCUUGAAUCCCAAGGGAGAACCUACUUGGGAAAAAGUGUCCAGGAGUUCUGGAACUAAAUCUAACCCGAGAGAUUAGUGUGGAACCCAAUCCUGAGGCUGAACAGAUGCCAGGGGAGGCUGUGGGACUCCAGGCCACGUGGAUGCUGAUCCUUACCUGGGUGCUUGGCAGGUGCUUUGAUGUGUCAUAGCCAAGGGGAAGCAACGCCGUUGCCUGGCUGUUUUCUGAAGGGCUUACAUAGGCUGCGUUCUCUCCCUCCCGGAUACACCAGUCCUCUCCCGCGACUCUGUGUAGGCACCACCACCUUAAUCCCACCAAUGCCUCACAUGCUCAUCCCCGUUUCUUGUGCUGCAUCAACGCUAUAGAGGUACAGAACAGGCGCAGUGGUGAGGAAAUAAGAUGGCCUUUGGCUCCAUUUCUUCAGAUCGGGGUGUGCGCUUUCGAUGGGAAAUUGCUGGCCCCGCAUUUAUAGACUGAGUCAACAUGAGAAGAUGAUGUACUUUCCAUCCGUCUGAAUGGAAAGAUGCUGGAGGGCUGGCUGGAACUGGGACAUGUAAUGAAGACUUGAGUUUGAAUAGGUUUACGGAAAAAAGAAAAGCCAGUGCUGCACAUAAGUAAGUGAAGCACUUGCAGGAGAUUUGAAAGGAAAAAAGAAACCGAAGCCAGUAUUUUAAUAAUUGUCUUUUUUUUUUUUUUUCUCUUGUGCAUUUUCUAUUGGGCCAGGGGGUACCAUCAAAGGGUGAGCUUUUCUGCUUUCUAUGAAAAUCCCAAGGACCUUCUUUUUUGGCCAUUUCUGUGGAUAUGUGGCAUCUGCUGAGUGGUAAUGCUGGCCUCCAGUGGCUGGGAGACCUCAUUGCAAGUUGCCUACAGGAGAGACCCAGAGAGGAACGGCCAACAGUUCUGUUGACUUAUCUGCAUCUACAAUAUUGUAUUAAUAAAAACCAACACUGUGCUAGGCCCAUUCCAGGACAUGGCUAUGACCACACCCUCUUUCCCUAGGGGGUUUCUGUAGCAAGUUUUCAUGUUUUUUUUUCAAACAAUGGUUUCUCUGCGUUUACUGUUGAAGAAAAAAAAAAGUAGGGUAGACAGACUACCCAUGCAUGAUGUAGAGAGCUGUUGAUUUGUUUUUUGUUUGUUUUUUUUAAAAGAAAACUAUUUGUAAGAUGUUGCACUAAAAUGUUUUAUAUACACUUCAGAGACCUGUAGUAAAUUAUGUUGAAAAUA